CGUUAAAAGCAAACUUCGAGAACCAACUUCAGAUCAACUUCAUAUCUCAAUCACUCUUCAUAUUGAAUUAGUUUGCUGAGCUGAUUUGGUUAAAAUAUAAGAAAGCAUCAAAAUGGAAGAAAAGAUCAAAAAGUUAGAAUCAUUUGUGGAAGCAUUAAAAGGAGCCAACUUGAAUGAAGAUUUCGCAGCUCAAAUUAACUAUUUCAAUCAUCAUGAAGCAGUCCGAACCCUCCGCACGGAACAACACAAACAUGCUUACAGCGCGCAUUUGGUAGCAUCGGGAUUACUCGAGGUCAUCAAAAAGAUCUUGGACCAGAAAGCAGACCCGAUUAAUCACUGGGGUAAUAACACAACAAGGCUAAUGGUGUUGAUGCAGAACUUACUCUACAAUGGGUCUGAAGAAAUAGGCAGAGCUGUUAUUCAAGUUGACCUCCAUCUGACCUUUCUGAACUGCAUGAGGGAUAAAAGUGUGUAUGAGUUGCCAACAAGCGAAUCAGAGGAGCGAGUGUUCAGGCUGCUGUGUUGUUGCUACAACGAAAUGAGGUCAUACCCAGACUCGAGGCUGGUUCUUCGAAAAGCGGGACUGGUAGAGCUAUGCACCCAUUACAUGCAUGUUGGCUCCAAUGACAAUAGACUGACCAACGAACUUCUGUUCGUGCUCUCGUACGCGGCUGAUUUGGACGCCAACCCGGAUGCUCUCAAAGCGACUCAGUUCAACUUGGUCUAUAUCCACAGCAUCCUGCAGGAGUCUCUGCAAGACUCGGACCACAAUUCAUCCAUCGGAUUCUCGGCCGCAGAUAUCCUAGCAUGUAUACUGCGACUGGUGAAGAACGCUGACAAUGCGGAAACGCUGAUACCGAAAGGUCUCGUGGACACAUGCAACAAAGCGAUAGUGUCCCAUAAGAAUGAGCAGGAGCUACAACUCGGUCUGGAAACUCUGUGGACUCUGGCUUUCCAGAAAAGUGCGGCUGAGAUCAUCAUUGCGAACACUCUGCUGAUAGACACGAUCAAAACGAUGAAGAAGCAUCAUAGUGAGGAUGUGAAAGCGGCAGCUUCUGGAAUCUUGUUCCAACUUAAUGUAGACCAGCCUCAGAGUGGGCAACAGAAGGUGUCUGAAGACCCCGAGGAACAGCAUGUGAUGAUAAGCUACUGCUGGAAGCAGAAGGAAGUAGCGAGAGAACUGUCAGAGAAGUUCAAACAGUCGGGCAAAAAAGUGUGGAUAGACAUAGAGAAGAUGGAGGGGAAUAUUCUAGAACGAAUGGCCGAGGCCAUUGAGAAUGCAAGUGUGAUCAUAUGCUGCUACUCGGAGGACUACAAGAACAGUCAGGCGUGCAGAUCCGAAGCAGAAUACGCAUUCAGACUGAAGAAGCAGGUGAUCUACGUGAAGACCCAGCCUGACUUCGCCCCCAACGGGUGGCUGGGAAUUAUGAUGGGCAACGCUCUCUACUACGAGAUCCCAGACAUGUCUAGCGUGGAGGAGAAACUGCCCGAAGUUCUGGGUCGCGUCCACAGCAUCGAAGGGGGCACCAAUUCCAAAUCAGGAGGAGCUGCAACAUCGGCACAAACCACUGUGCAAGUAGCGAAAGAGCUCGAAUUCUUUUCUUGGACUGAAAGUCAAGUGAGGGAAUGGUUGCAUUCUAUUGGCAUGCAGCUAUCUGAUAAAGCUGAAAAAAGGAAUUUUGAUGGAGAAAUGCUGAAAGAGUUACGAGGUUGGCAGAAGGAAUGCCCAAUGUUCUUCCUAGAAUGCUGCAAAGACUUAGUGGUCAGUAGCUCGCCGAUCGACGCUUUGCGUUUAGGUUUAGAGCUCAAAAAGAUAAAGUGAAUUUUAAAAUUCAUUUAUCUACACAAAUUAGACUUAAUCACCUCUAGAAUUAACUUUGAUUCAAACUCUUUCAUUCAACUUCUGGAAGUUUAACGCAAUGUUAGUUUUAUAAUGUAGAUAACACU